CUGCCCAUCCUGCAGGCCUUGCUGGAGAGACCCCAGCGCCUCUUUGCACUCGUCCUGACGCCAACCCGGGAGCUGGCAUUCCAGAUCUCCGAGCAGUUUGAGGCGCUGGGCUCCUCGAUCGGGGUGAAGUCGGCGGUGAUUGUGGGUGGAAUCGAUAUGAUGUCGCAGAGUCUUGCUUUGGCAAAGAAACCUCAUGUGGUCAUCGCAACCCCAGGCCGUCUGAUCGAUCACCUGCAGAACACCAAGGGCUUCAAUCUGCGAUCGCUCAAGUUCCUGGUGAUGGACGAGGCCGACAGGAUUCUGAACAUGGACUUUGAAACCGAAGUCGAUAAAAUUCUCAAAGUGAUUCCUCGAGACCGGAACACCUAUCUCUACUCAGCAACAAUGACCAAGAAGGUGCAAAAGCUGCAGCGGGCUGCAUUGAAGAACCCGGUGAAAUGUGCCGUGUCGACCAAGUACCAGACGGUGGAGAAGCUGCAGCAGCAUUACGUGUUCAUUCCCUCCAAGUUCAAGGACUGUUACCUGGUCUACAUUCUCAACGAGCUUGCUGGCAACUCCUUCAUCAUCUUCUGCAGCACGUGUAACAACACCCAGCGCACCGCGCUGCUCCUUCGCAACCUGGGCUUUGCCGCCAUUCCCCUACACGGGCAGAUGAACCAGAACAAACGGUUGGGUGCUUUGAACAAGUUCAAGGCCAAGUCUCGGUCGGUCUUGCUGGCGACGGAUGUGGCAAGUCGGGGUCUGGAUAUCCCCCAUGUGGAUGUGGUUAUAAACUUCGAUAUCCCCACGCAUUCUAAGGAUUACAUCCAUCGGGUGGGUCGCACGGCCAGAGCAGGCCGCUCGGGGAAGUCCAUCACGUUUGUAACCCAAUAUGACGUGGAGUUGUUCCAGAGGAUCGAGCAUCUGAUCGGGAAGAAGCUCCCGGCGUACCCCACGCAAGACGAGGAGGUGAUGCUGUUGGCGGAGCGCGUGUCGGAAGCACAGAGAUUCGCACGGCUGGAGCUGAGAGAACAAGGGGACAAGAGGAAGCGGAGACACGACGAUGAUGAUGAUACGGAACAGUCGCUGGGCAUCAGGAGAAAAGUGGUAGGAGGCAGAGCGAGGAAAAAGCUACAUUAAGCUUCAGUACUCAUGGACAGUGCCUCGAAAAUAGUGAACUGGCUGGAUAUGAUAUUGAAGAUGGACAGAAAAUGCUGGAGUAACUCAGCGGGACAGGCAGCAUCUCUGGAGAGAAGGAAUGGGUGAUGUUUCGGGUCGCGACCCUUCUUCAGACUGAGAGUCACCAGAGACAUGGAAGAUUUAAUCUGGCGUUUUCACACCUUACCCUUCCAUAUCUCUCGUCUCCCCCUGCCCUGACUCUCAGUCUGAAGAAGGUCUCGAUCCGAAUCGUCGCCCUAUCCUUCAAAGGCUCCAGAGAUGCUGCCCGUCAUGCUGAGUUACUCCAGCAUUUUGUGUCGUAUCUUUGGCGUAAACCAGCAUCUGCGGUUCCUCCCUACACAAUAUGAUAUUUAUAUUUUGUAUACAAGCCGCAGCUGCAAUGCACCAGUGUUUAGGAAGGAACUGUAGAUGCUGGUCUGACGAAGGGUCUCGACCCGAAACGCCACCCAUUCCUUCCCUCCAGAGACGCUGCCUGUCCCACUGAGUUGCCCCAGCAUUUUGUGCCUGUGUACCAGUCAAUCUAUUCACUUGGGUCUUCCGUGAGGCCUUUACUGUUGCUUCAUCAAGAGGAGGAAGACCUGCCAAUUGUUGAGCUGCACGGCCGCUCCAAGCAAACCAUCCCAAUGUUCUCUCCAGCCAUUUCCGAGCAGAAAAAUCUGUAAAGUUAUGUUGUUGUUUCAACGAGAAUUUUGACUUGAGAGUGUUAUUUGAGAAAUGUUUCAAGCUCCAUCACAAUUAACCGAGUGUUCUCAUGUAAAAGCAGAAAGUUUAUAUGCGUGCCGUGAAUGGUUUUUGUGGCUUUUCUGCUUGGUGUGUGCUGGAUGUGACAUUCGUGUAGGCGUGAAACCAUGGGGUCUGGAAGUCAUCUGCAUUCGGCCUUUUUAAAAAAUGUUUGUGUUCCCUCUAUGGCCCAGCUCUUUCCUUUCACUGCAACCACCGCCCCUAGUCAAGGGUGUUUUAUUGGCAUUUGUCCCAAACACAGCAAUUAAGCUCAUUCUUGCAGCAGCACGACAGAAUAUGUAAGCCUGGUACUCUGUAAACAGUGUAAUAAACGGAGAGUUCUGCACACACAGACACAGACGCACACACACACAUGCAGACGCACACACGCGCGCGCACACAGACGCACGCACGUGGAAACACGUAUGCAUGCACCUGCAUACACUCUUACAUACAUGUAUGCACACAUACGCACAGGGAUGUGGAAACACAUAUGCAUGCACUUGCAUACACAUUUACAUACAUAUGUGCACACAUACACGCGCACGCACACACAGACACAAGGAUGUGGAAACACGUAUGCAUGCGCUUGCAUACACAUUUACACACUUGCAUACAUAUGUGCACACAUACACGCGCACACAGACACAGGGAUGUGGAAACACGUAUGCAUGCACUUGCACACGCAUUUAUAAACAUCCACGUGUGCACACGUUUAUGCGCGCACACAAAUGGUGCAAAACGACACAACCACUGCAUCCAAGUCGAUGUGCUUCAGAGCUUAUUUGGUGGUUGUAGUGUUUUAUAGCCUGAUGGUUGUACGGAAGAAACUGCUCCUGAACCUGGACGUUCCAGUUUUCAGGCUCCUGUCCUUUCUUCCCGAUGGCAGGGGUGGUGUGGGUCUCUGACGAUGCUGGCUGCCUCUCUGCACCUUUUCAUACCUCUAGUUUCCCUAUCCCCUGACUUUGUCUGAUGAAGGGUCUCAACCCAAAAAACAUCACAUAUUCCUUUUUCUCCGGAGAUGCUGCCUGACCCGCUGAGUUACUCCAUCAUUUUGUGUCUAUCUUUGGUGUAAACCAGCAUCUGCUGUACCUUCCCACACAGGACCAGCUGAUGUUGGAGGCGAUGGAUUGCAGCUGUUAGCUGGGCUUGCCAAUGCCUCGGAAUAAACAUGGUUAUAUUUUCCACCUA